CCGGCGGCCGUCGGGGGCGGUGGCGGCGAUGGGGGCUCUCCCGGCGCUGCUGGGGGCCGCCUUGCUGUGGGCCGGCGCCGGGGCCCUCGUCAACCUGAAGUACUCGGUGGAGGAGGAGCAGCGGGCCGGCACGGUGAUCGCCAACGUCGCCAAGGACGCCCGGGACGCCGGUUUCGUUCUGGACCCCCGUCAGCCCACUGCCUUCCGAGUGGUCUCCAACUCGGCCCCCCACCUGGUGGACAUCAGCCCCGGGUCGGGGCUGCUGGUGACCAAGCAGAAGAUCGACCGGGACCUGCUGUGCCGGCAGAGCCCCAAGUGCGUCAUCUCGCUGGAGGUGAUGUCCAGCUCCAUGGAGAUCUGCGUGAUCAAGCUGGAGAUCAAGGACCUCAAUGACAAUGCACCCAGCUUCCCCACCGACCAGAUCGAGCUGGAGAUCUCGGAGACGGCCAGCCCCGGCACCCGGGUGCCGCUGGAGAGUGCCUACGACCCAGACUCGGGCAGCUUUGGUGUGCAGAGCUAUGAGAUCACCCCCAACGACCUCUUUGGGCUGGAGACCAAGACGCGGGGCGAUGGGUCCCGCUUUGCCGAGCUGGUGGUGGAGAAGAGCCUGGACCGCGAGACUCAGUCCCACUACAGCUACGUGAUCACGGCGCUAGAUGGUGGUGACCCGCCCAACUUUGGCACGGUGGAGCUCAGCAUCCGCGUCAUCGACUCCAAUGACAACAACCCGCUCUUCGAGGAGCCGGCCUACACCGUCAGCGUGCCUGAAAACGCCCCGCCGGGUACGCCGGUCAUCCGCCUCAACGCCUCCGACCCGGACGAGGGCACCAACGGCCAGGUCCUCUACUCCUUCCACAGCUACGUUUCCGAGCGGGCCCGGGAGCUCUUCCAGAUCGACCCCCAGAGUGGCCUCAUCACGGUGAGCGGUGCCAUCGACUACGAGGAGGGUCACGUCUAUGAGCUGGAUGUGCAGGCCAAGGACUUGGGGCCUAACUCCAUCCCUGCCCAUUGCAAAGUGACCAUCAGCGUCCAGGAUGCCAACGACAACCCGCCGCUUAUCAACCUGCUCUCCGUCAACAGCGAGCUGGUGGAGGUGAGCGAGAACGCCCCCCCAGGGUACGUCAUCGCCCUGGUGAGGGUCUCGGACCGUGACUCCGGGGCCAACGGGCGGGUGCAGUGCAAGCUCCUGGGCAACGUGCCUUUCCGCCUGCAGGAGUACGAGAGCUUCUCCACCAUCCUGGUGGAUGGCAGGCUGGACCGGGAGCAGAGGGACCAGUACAACCUCACCAUCCAGGCCAAAGACAAUGGUGUCCCCUCCCUGCAGGCCACCAAGUCUUUUACUGUCAAGAUCACCGAUGAGAAUGAUAACCAUCCCCACUUCUCCAAGCCCUAUUACCAGGUCAUUGUGCAGGAGAACAACACCCCAGGGGCCUACCUCCUCUCAGUCUCGGCCAGGGACCCUGACCUGGGCCUCAAUGGCAGUGUCUCCUACCAGAUCGUGCCCUCCCAAGUCAGGGACAUGCCUGUAUUCACCUACGUCUCCAUCAACCCCAACUCUGGAGAUAUCUAUGCUUUGAGGUCCUUCAAUCAUGAACAGACGAAGGCCUUUGAGUUCAAGGUCUUGGCAAAAGACGGGGGUAAUCCCUCUCUGCAGAGCAAUGCCACUGUCAGGGUGAUCGUCCUGGACGUCAAUGACAACACCCCUGUGAUCACAGCCCCACCGCUGGUCAAUGGCACUGCGGAGGUGUACAUCCCCAGGAACGCAGGGGUCGGCUACUUGGUGACAGUGGUCAAGGCAGACGACUAUGACGAGGGUGAAAAUGGCAGACUUUCCUAUGAAAUGGUGGAAGGAGACAGGGGAUUUUUUGAGAUAGACCAGGUCAAUGGAGAGAUAAGGACCACCAGAGCCUUUGGGGAGAACGCAAAGACAGCCUAUGAGCUGAUCGUGGUGGCUCACGACCAUGGAAAAACAUCUCUCUCGGCUUCUGCCUUGAUUUUGAUAUACCUGUCUCCAGCCCUGGAUGCCCAGGAGUCCAUAGGAUCUGUUAACCUCUCCUUGAUUUUCAUUAUUGCCCUGGGGUCUAUUGCAGCCAUUCUUUUUGUCACCAUGAUCUUCGUGGCAGUCAAGUGCAAAAGGGAUAACAAGGAAAUCAGGACCUACAACUGCAGAAUCGCAGAAUACUCCUACGGGCAUCAAAAGAAAUCAAGCAAGAAAAAGAAGAUCAGCAAGAAUGAUAUCCGCCUGGUACCACGGGACGUGGAGGAGACGGAUAAAAUGAAUGUUGUGAGCUGCUCCUCUCUCACUUCAUCCCUCAACUACUUCGAUUACCACCAGCAGACCCUGCCGUUGGGCUGCCGCCGCUCUGAAAGCACCUUCCUCAAUGUGGAGAGCCAGAACAACAGGAACGCCGGCUCCAACCACAUUUACCAUCACACCUUCACGGGGCAGAGCCCCCAGCAGCCUGACCUCAUCAUCAAUGGGAUGCCGCUGCCGGAGACUGAAAAUUACUCCUUCGAUUCCAACUACGUGAACAGCAGAGCUCAUUUAAUAAAAAGCAGCUCCACGUUCAAGGACUUGGAGGGGAACAGCCUGAAGGACAGUGGCCACGAGGAGAGCGACCAGACGGACAGUGAGCACGACGUGCAGCGGGGCCUCUACUGCGACACAGCCGUCAACGACGUGCUGAACACCAGCGUCCCCUCCAUGGGAUCCCAGGGCCCCGAGCAAGACCAGAGCGAAGGGUUCCACUGCAGGGAGGAGUGCCGCAUCCUGGGCCACUCGGACCGGUGCUGGAUGCCCCGCGGCGCCGUCCCCAGCCGCGCCAAGUCCCCCGAGCAUGGCAGGAACGUCAUCGCCCUCUCCAUCGAGGCGACGGCGGUGGACGCGGAGCCUUACGCAGACUGCAGCACAAAAAGGACCUUCGCCACCUUCGGCAAGGAAGGGGGCGAGCCGCUCGCCGAGGAGCGGCUCGCCAACCCCAAAGGCAAAAGAACGGUGGACCCGGCCGCCUGCAGCCCCAAGGUGAGCGGUGCCGUCCGUGAGGCGGGCAACGGCUGCGAGGCCGUCAGCCCCGUCACCUCGCCUCUCCACCUGAAGAGCCCUUUGGCCGGCAAGCCAGCGGCAAGCUAUGGUGCCGGGCAUUGCGUCGGCAACCGGGAACGGGAGCCCUUUGGGAACAGUGGUCCCUCCCGGCCGACAGAGGCAGAGCCCCGAGGGGCGGACAGCGAGAGCGGGGGGCAGGAGGGCAACCCGCUCCUCCAGGAACGCCGGGACAAGGACUCGCCCGGCGCCCGGAGACUAAAAGACAUCGUCCUCUGAGCGGCAGCCGGCAAGGAGGAGGAGGAUGGAGGAUGAGGAGGAUGAGGGACCGCACGACUCCCAGCGCAGAUUGUUUUUAUCGCUUACCAAUGGUUCACAGAUUGCUGUAUUUAAAAGCUUUCCCUAAAUGUAUUGUUUAUAAAUGAAGCUAUCGUUAAUGUGACAAUCCCACUUGUCUCAACAGGGGUGUGCAGCCGGAGCAAAGUAGCUGGUGUUUGGCUUUUGCCGGGAGGCGGUGGGUGGCGGGGGCAGAGGCGAGACCCCCCCCGCCCCAGUCCUCAGGAGCGCUCGCUAUCCCCUCCUCGGAGUUUCUAUAUUUUUAUAUCUCAAAACCGAAGAUAAAUUUCCAUUCCCGGAAAGAAUGGAAUGGCAAAUUCCUUAUUCGGACACCUUUAAUAAUCACCCCGGCGGUUUUGUAGAGUCUAGACAAAAAUAGCGGCCAUUUCUCGUGUGCGACUGUUGGAAAUGACAGUCAGGUGAGUUUUAAUAUUCGCCCAACACGAGGUUGUUUGUAUUUUAAGAUGUUGCUAUUUUGCUAUGGACACCCCUGCAUUUAUGAAUCCUUUUGCUGUCACACGCUUAUCUGUACUAUUAUUGUAUUUGAUAUUGCAAAUUACUGUAUGUCUAGUGAUGGCAAAAGGCUUUCAAGCUUAAAAAAAAAAAAAUAAGAAAAAAAAAAUAAUCACAAUCAUCUUACUUAAACCUUGGGGAACCUGCAGUUUUCAGACCUGGUGGAGCAAAGCGCUUCUUCCAGCCCCCCCUCCAUCGCCUGCAGCUGCCCCCCGACUCUUGCAGGGCAGCGACAGGGCAUCAAGGGAAGAGGUUUUUGGGGAAAAUUCUGCCUGGAUUGCAGUUGUCGGAUGUGCCGCGCUGAAUUUUUUUUCCCCCUCACCCGUUUCUUUUGCAUCAUUUCAAGGCAAUGCAUGGAAGAUUGGUUUCCACAAGUUGUUUUUUUUCUAGUUCCCAGAUUUAGAUAUCCCCCGUCUCCAAUCAUUUCCAAGUCAAAGUGAUGGAAUUAUUUAAGAGAUCUAAAUUACCUUCUCAAUUAGGUACACGCUUCCAUGUCAGCGUUUCCCAGUUGUGAUUAUGCCAAGAGUGUGUGUGUGUGCGUGUGUGUGUGUGUGUGUGUGAGAUCAUGGCAUGGAUUUUAGACUGUUCCGAUUUCUUUCUAUCCCUGCAUCAUAAAUAAGUACGGAACGAGCAAUAGCGAUGUUAAUUUAGGGGCAGACAGGUGAUAUGUAACAACGCUACUAAUUCAAUUAAUGUGCCUUCUUAAUGGAGAAAAAAUUAAAGCAAUUCAUUAUUUUUUCUCAUAAUUAAGGACUUUUUUUUGUGUGGGUACAAAUUUACUCAUAUAAAAUUGAUUUUAAAAUUGAGCUACUUUAAUAGCCAUUUUGUAGAAGGGAGAGAGGGAAGGGGGUUUCACAGCUCUCUGCUCUCUCGCAGUGAUAAUUCCUCAGUGAGGUAUGAGAAAGGUAGGAGGAUUUCAGUUAGUCUAUUAUUAUUAUUAUUAUUAUUAUUGUUAUUAUUAUUAUUAACCCUUCACCAGACCGAUUUUCCUACCCUAAAUAAUAUUUCCUAGAAUUGAAAAAAUGAUGAUGGAAGGGAAAAUAUAUAGCUCUUGCCAAUGUUUGCUGUACCAGCAAGUUGAAAUUAGCGGUUUCUAGAGAAGUAGCCUUUCUAGGUCUACGUAUCAUGAGAAAGUAUUUGUUACUUUGCUUUAUUUAAAUUAAAAACAUCAACAAGAAAACAAGCUCCAGUCAUUAUUAUCCUCAAAAGAAAAAUUAAGCUCCAGCCACUUGUGUCUUCAGGGCAGAUGGAUGCUGCCCGAAGCCAUGGCCGGUCCGAGACAGGUCCGCAGUCAGGCUGGUCCCCCUGCCCCUUGCUAGGGCCAGGAAUUGGGAAAGAACCGAUGCCAAACGGUCGUCUAAGGAAAUCUGUGAGGCUUCCCUCGCUGGUGUUGAUGACUACCUCAUUCGGCUCCCAUCCCAUGCCUUGACGUGAUGUCCUGCAUCCCUCCGGAAAGCCAAGCGGGGAUUUUCCCCUCUCUUCUGGAGUCUGAGCCCAUUUUUCAGGGAUAUGUUAUUUCUGUUCCAGCGGUGUUUCCUGCCUGUGUGCUGUUACUGCUCUCAUUUAUUUCUGGGGUUUUCUCCCCCCAAAACAUGUGUAUUAUUGUAACACAAGCAAAGAAGAAAGGGGCUGGCUUGGGACUGUUGGAGUAACUGGAUUUUCUGCAACUGUUAGGCUGGGUUUAUUCUCAUGUCGCCUGUUUUUGUCAGCUCCGGGUGGUUUUUCUGGGGGGGAAUCUUUCUCGUGUGCGUUUGCUGAGCCUGACACCCUGUCUCUCAGAUCCUCUUGCCUUCGCAGGGCAACGGCCCCCCAUCGUCCCAUCGUCCGUCCCCCACCUCCGUCAGGAUGGGACCCGGCUCCCCCCCCGUUCCCCAUCGCAGGGAUGGGGAGCAUGGGUCCCCCCUGUCCCUGGGCACCCCAUCAUCAGCAGCAUCAUCUUCAUCAUCAUCACCAUCCCCAUCAUCAUCAUCAUCCCCAGCCGCCCACAAAGCACCGGCCAUUAAUUUCUGCUGAGCGUUGCCCUCUGCCUGCGGAGCCACCGCCACCAGCCCGGCGUUUGGGAUGAAAAAUAGAUGCUAACUGAAAAGGAAGAAAGAAAAAAUAAUAAUAAAAAAACCCCACAAAACCAAAAAAAGAAACAUGUCUCUAAUUUACCCAGAGGAAACGUUCCUUGCCACUCUGAAUAAAAGCGCAGCUGAGAAGGAAUGUGAAAUAAUUCUGUAUUAAAAGGGGGCAUUAAAGAGGUCAGUAAACCCUUAUGCCUCCAAGAAAAUCGUUUAAACACCAGUUUUUCUGGGCUGACCCGGGCUGCGGCCAGGGAUGCGGAGCGAGGGGCCGAGGGGAGAGCCGGAGAGUGGCCCCGGCCCCGCUGCUUCCAUCCUCUCCUGGAUAUUUCGCUGCUCCUGUCACUGUCCCUCUGUGUCACUUGAGAUGAGUUCAGGGCUCUUGGGCAAAUCACAGUCUCACUUGGAUUUGGGUUUUUUUUCCUAGUUGCAUCGAAUCUGGCCAUGCAAAAACGUUCAAGGCUGCAGGGUGGGUGAGUUGGUUUGGUUUUGGGUUUGGUUUUUUUUUUGGGGGGGGGGGGGCAGGGGUGUUCCAGAUGCAAUUAUUGUGCUUUUUAAUAACUUGAACCCGUCCUCAGAUUUGGUUUAGGAAGAAUCGCCGGGAUGCGUUGAUUUCCUCCAGGCGGGCUGGCUCUGCUCCCGUUUCUCCUCUUUAUCCGGGGAGCGGCAUCCCCUUGCGAUUCUCCCCCGAGCAUGACGAGGACCCCAUCUGGAGCAGCCCCGGGGCUGGGGACCUGGGGAGGUGGGGGGUGAGAAGGUGACCCCUACCCCGUGCUGGCCCAGGGAGCCUUCCCCACUCCCGCUGGCCUUUCCCAGCCUUUCCCAGGGCUGUGCCGGGAGUGGGGAUGGAGAGCUGAGGGGAACGACUCACGGCUGGAAAAAUCCCUCCCCCUUCCUGAGCACUGUUGUUGCCGUUCCCUGUUUGUGUGAGACUGAAGGUGGGCUGUGGAUCACACUUUGUGCAGAAGUGAAUUCUUUUUGUUUUGUUUUUUUUUUUUUGUUUUGUUUUGUUUUUUUUUUGUUUUGUUUUGUUGUUUUGUUUUGUUUUGUUUUUUCAAAAUAGGAAACAAGUUGUAAAGAACAUACUGUUGGAUAUGUUGAAAUUAUUCUUGGUGGGGGGCGGGGAGAAAAAAAAAAUCUAAUUAUGAAUGGAAACACAUUUGUCUGUCAUUGGGGAAAAAUUGAUGAUCUUGUCGCUCCAGCUGCUUUGGCAGCUCUGGGUAAUCUCUCAUCCGACCCGUGAGCUGCGCUUCCCAUGGGGAAAAAGCCCGGCGCUGCUGAGACAGACCCUCCGUUGGCCUCAGCUGAUGUUCAGCUGAUCCAAACUGGGAUAUCCUCUCCAAACGCACCCACCGCAAACUGGUUUUCAGCAGCACCCACUCCCCCCCGGCAGCCCGGGGGGAGCCGCGGGGUCCGGCACCCAAAGGCCGGGGCUGGCGGCAGCAGGGACUGAGCGCGGUACGUCUCGUUGUGGUGUCUCCGUUGCCGAGUAUAUGAAGAAUAAAUUGUUGUAUAUGCUGAUCUGUAUGUUAUGUACAUUUUCACGGUGAUUGAAUCAUUGUAAACAACAAAACGGAAAAAAGGGAAAAAAAAAUAAAAAAAAAAGAAUCACCAUUCUGUCUAUUUUAUGAAGAUGAUAAAGCAGCUUUAUUAAAUUAUUACGAUUCUGUUUCAAAAUGGUGUACCUGCCACAUUGGGGUUUUUUUUCAUCUGAUGAGAACUUUGUUUUCCACCUAAAUGUGAUUUUUUUUGGUUUUUUUUUCUUUUCUCUGCUU